AUGGAUUCUGGGUUGCUUCUUCUUCUGGCUGCCCUUCUUGGGCUCCUGCUCUUCCUGACACGGGGUACUCCUUCUUCCAGAAGAGGCCACCUCCCACCUGGCCCGAAACCUUUGCCCCUUUUGGGCAAUGUGCUGCAGAUGGACCGUCGUGGACUCCUGAAAUCCUUUCUGGCGCUUCGGGACAAGUAUGGGGAUGUAUUUACCAUCUUCCUGGGCUCUCGACCUGUGGUUGUGCUAUGUGGACCUGAGGCUGUGAAGGAGGCCCUGGUGGAGAAGGCUGAGGAGUUCAGUGGUCGAGGACCCAUCGCCAUGGUUGAUUCAGUCUUUCAGGGGCAUGGGGUUAUCUUUUCCAAUGGAAAUACAUGGAAGACUUUGCGAAGAUUCUCUCUGGCUACCCUCCGGGAUUUUGGGAUGGGAAAGAGAAGCAUUGAAGAACGGAUCCAGGAUGAGGCUCAGUGCCUGGUGGAGGAACUCCAGAAGUCCAGGGGAUCCUUGAUGGAUCCCACCUUCCUCUUCCACUCCAUCACGGCCAACAUCAUUUGCUCCAUUGUAUUCGGUGAACGUUUCUCCUAUCAUGAUGACCAGUUUCAGGAGCUGUUGAACAAAUUCAAUGAAACAUUUACCCUUGCUAGCUCUGUCUGGGGCCAGCUGUUUGAGCUGUUUUCCAGCUUCCUAAAGUUCUUCCCUGGUCCACAUCGGCGCUGUCAGAGCAAUCUGGAGUUCAUCAAUGCCUACAUUGCAGACAAUGUGGAGAAGCACAGACAGAGUCUGGAUCCCAGUGCCCCCCGAGAUUUCAUUGAUGUAUACUUGCUCCGAAUGGAGAAGGAAAAGGGAAUCUCUGGCACUGAGUUCCACCACAAAAACCUCAUCCUCACUGUUUUGUCACUGUUCUUUGCGGGCACUGAGACAACCAGCACCACCUUGCGCUAUGGCUUACUUAUGCUUCUCAAAUACCCCUCAGUGGCAGAGAAAGUCCAAGAUGAGAUUGACCAGGUGAUUGGGAGAAACCGUACUCCAGAAAUCAAGGAUCGAGCCAAAAUGCCCUACACAGAAGCUGUCAUCUAUGAGAUCCAGAGAUUCAGUGACCUCAUCCCUAUGAGUGUGCCCCAUUGUGUGACUCAGGACACCUCCUUCAGGGGCUACCUCAUUCCCAAGGGCACUGAAGUGUACCCUCUCCUGAGCACAGUCCUGCAUGAUCCCAAGCACUUUGAGAAGCCUUAUGCUUUUGACCCCAAUCAUUUUUUGGAUGCUCAGGGAUCUGUGAAGAAGAAUGAAGCUUUUAUUCCCUUCUCUUCAGGAAAGCGAAUCUGCCUGGGAGAGGGCAUUGCCCGGAUGGAGCUUUUCCUCUUCUUCACCACCAUCCUACAGAACUUCUCUCUGAGCUCCUCUAUGGUUCCUGCUGACAUCGACCUCACCCCGAGGGAGAGUGGGGUGGGCACUGUACCUCCCACAUACACGAUUCAAUUCCUCCCCCGCUGA